CCAUGUGAGGUUAGGUACGGCUAAAGAUUGAACUCUAAUCGGGUGUGCUUUGUGGUCGGGACGUGUGUGCUCCAUGCUGAAUAAUGCCUGCGCCCAGGCAUCAUGGAAUAGGCCCCGCCCGGUGACCUCGUGGUACUCGACUGCUUGAUAAUAACCGUUCCCGUCAGCACACCAAUCCCUUUCACACAGCUAACGCAGUGUCAUAACAUAACGUGCCCCGCCAGGACUGGACAAUUGUAGCACCGAGGAGGUUUUUGUUUUGUCUCCAGCGGCAAUAGUACACGCGGCAUGUUGCUGCUACAAGUUGUCCAAAAGCCUUUCUGGCUUUGGAUAGUUUUGAUUGCGUCGGUCACUACCCUACCAUCAUUACCGCGACCGGAACAGGAACUGGAAAUUGAUCGUGACUUCACCGUCGCUAAAGCUGCCGUCAGAACGGUGGGGAAAUGUUUGGAGACGUCUACGCUGAUCUACGUGGAGACGGUGAUCGUUGUGAAGGACGACCUGAAUCACGUCAAUGGAACAAUAGAGAUGUCUUUUGGUGAUCCCAUACUAAUCGAUUGCGUGCGCCUUGUGGCCAAAACCGAACACGAUCGGUCGUCAUUGACUGAGUUUAAGCUUUCCGGUACGAAUGUGAUCGAAAUAAGCGUCGCCGAACGUCAACCUUCACCGUCAAAGGCUCUCGAAUACUCGGUGUACGUGUAUGCGACGAUCGAACGUAACCGGAGGCCGCAGCUAAAACCAACUUCAGCGUCAAACAAAUCGGCGAUAGAUAGUGUAGCUGCUUAGGAGAUGAUUUAUAUUUACUGUAAUAGUAAAAUAAAAACAAGUUUUGUAAUACAUUCCACCAAGAAAAACUA